AUGUCGGCUUCUGCACUGUGGACAUUGGCCCUUGUUUUCCCGGCCAUUUUCAUCUUCUGGACCAUGUCCUCGACGAGUUCUUCGCCUUUCACGCAGUCCUUUCCAACGCUUUAUAACAAGCGUAUAUGUCUGUUAAUUGCUCAUCCUGAUGACGAGGCUAUGUUCUUUUCACCAGCCGUUUUGGCCUUGACAAAGCCGGAGUUGGGGAAUCAUCUCAAGAUAUUGUGUCUUAGUAGCGGAGACGCCGAUGGACUCGGCGAGGUCCGUAAGAAAGAGCUCCAGAAAAGCGCAACCCACCUCGGUCUCCGCAAAGAAUCUGACGUCUUCGUCGUAGAUGACCCGUCGCGCUUCCCGGACAGCAUGACGACAAUGUGGUCGGAAAGUGAGAUCUCUUCACUCCUAACUUCUGCCUUUGCUCCGCAACUGGCAAAGCAAAACGGUAGUAAUACUACUACCGGUAGAGGAACCAAAGAUGGCCCUCCCGAGGCCACAAUCGACGCCCUCUUAACAUUCGACCAAUACGGCAUCAGCAAUCACCCGAACCAUCGCUCUCUUUAUCACGGAGCAGUCCAUUUCCUUAGGACCCUGAUGAAAGGCAAAUCCGGCUACUCCAGCCCUGUGGCUCUGUACACGCUGACGACGACGAAUAUCGUCCGCAAAUAUCUCGGUGUUCUGGACGCGCCGUUUACCAUGCUCUCCGGUGCGCUGGAGGGCGUUAUCUCGACUGUAUCUGUGUCUCGUGGUGAGCGGAAGGUAGUGGGUCGAGAGGGAUGCCCGAGCCGUCUUCUUUUCGUCAGUUCUGUCAGUGAAUGGCUAACGGCACAGUCUGCUAUGGUUAAGGGCCAUCAGAGUCAGAUGGUUUGGUUCCGAUGGGGCUGGAUUACUAUCGGACGGUAUAUGGCUGUUAAUGAUCUCAAGCGGGAGAAGAUUUGA